AUGUGGUCCCUGAUAGGCAGCGAGUGGUCCCACGUGGCGGAGGUAUGCGUGGCGCUACUGAUGCACUUCAUCGCACUGCCUGAUGGUCCCGACGUCUUCUGGAAGCUCUGUGAGACCAACUUCAACCACACCGACUGGAAGUUUGAUUGGGUGAUCCUGGAUCGACCGAUGAUAAUCCAGACCUUCCAUCAACUGUCCUCCUCCUUGCCGGACCGCAGGAUCCUCACGUGGGAGUUCUUCUACAACCGCUUCGAGGGCCUCUACUUAGAGUCUCAAGUGACCCUUGAAAACCGGGGCGACCUUUACCAGAAGCCGCGAGACCUACGAAACGUGAUCAUCAACAGCGAGAACUUGCACCGCAAGUACAGUCGGGCGCAAGAGGCCCUAAAUCUCGUUCAAAGCUCCAGCACGAAGACGCUCUGCUCUUCCCUCGGGCCUAAAUGUCCUUACAAGAGAACAAUGUCUGCCCCUGCAAACAUGCUUAACAAACUCGACAAACCAGCUGAUGUAGCCAAGCCAGUGAUUGCCCCAGCGUCGACACCGAAAGAGAGAGAACGUUCGUAUUGUCGUCAGUACUCCGUACCUUUGCUUAAACAUCGAAGUUCAAAAAUUGUACUGGGUUAG